GUUGUGUCCUGACCGAGUGUCAAAUUUCCACUUCAAAUUCCUUCUGGUUUCCUGCAGCAAAUUUAGCCGACGCGCAUCCACGCCACGGGCAGACCAAACCGGUUCAGGACCCUAAAGAUAGAGCCGGCGAGCAAAAUGGAGAAGUAUGCGUGGGGCUCCGUCUGAGUCCUGCGUUGUGCCUCGUGCAGCAGAUAAUAAACCACUGUGCGCCCACAAAGACAUCGAUCGAGAUAUGUUGGACAUCAAUGAGCUCGUGUUUUUUACGCAGCGCUGCGCUCUGCUCCGCCGCGGUGUCUGUGCGCGCACGGAUCGGGAAGCUCCACCUCGUCGGACUCUAAAAUGGCAGCGGGGUUUCACUGAGACCAGAUGCGGAUCCUUCCUCCGGCAGAGAUGCAGCAAGAGACCCUCCUCCUCCUCACGUGUCGUCAUCGGGUGUCGCCCAGUCGAUUUAUAGGAGAGAAAACAUCGGGGAGGGGGGAGAGAAAAAAAAACCGAGGCGAGCGGCCGGAGCGAGCCGGCUCAUGCUCUGCGCGCAGGUCCAGGUCCCUUUUCUGUUUUCUUUUUUGUUCCUUUUCUUUUUCCUUUAAAUCCUCUUGAACCCGGUGCUAAAUAUAGGGAGAUGAAGGGACUCCUGUCGUUUUACCGGGGCUUGCACACCCUGAGUAACCGUCAAGCCCGACGCAAAGCUGGGAUUGUCGGUUCUCGGUGCGGCUUUUGCGGAACUCAGUCUAAUAGCAAGCCACAGCCAAGCUUUGGGCUGUUGUUUGACAUCGAUGGCGUUCUCGUGCGGGGGAAGAUGCCAAUCCCUGCUGCGAAGAAGACCUUCGAAAAGCUGGUGGACUCUCAGGGACAGUUUGUGGUGCCAGUGGUUUUUGUCACCAACGCAGGGAACUGCCUCCGACAAACGAAGGCAGACCAGCUCUCCCACAUCCUGGGAGUACCUAUCACUCAAGAUCAAGUCAUCAUGUCGCAUAGUCCACUGAGGAUGUUCAAGAAGUUUCAUGAGAAGUGUGUGCUGGUGUCGGGACAAGGACCAGUCCUGGAAAUAGCUAAAAAUUUGGGCUUUAAUAAUGUUGUGAGUAUCGAUAUGCUGAGGGAAUCGUACCCAUUGCUGGACAUGGUGGAUCACAACAGGAGACCCAAACUGCCGUCCAGUUCUUUGGUCAACCAUCCCAAGGUUGAAGCUGUGGUUCUGUUCGGAGAGCCGAUCCGAUGGGAGACCAACCUGCAGCUGAUAAUCGAUGUUUUGUUGACCAACGGUAACCUCAGCAGUGUUCACCAAACCCAAAAGAUGCCUCACCUCCCCCUGCUCACCUGCAACAUGGACCUCAUGUGGAUGGCUGAGGCGAAUUCUCCACGGUUUGGCCAUGGGACGUUUCUCGUGUGCCUAGAGAACAUCUACAAAAAGAUAACGGGUAAAGAGCUGAAGUAUGAGGCUCUCAUGGGAAAACCCAGCGAGCUCACCUACCAUUUUGCAGAGUACCUCAUCAGAAGCCAGGCCAUGGAGCGACAGUGGAAACUCCCUAUCACUUCCCUUUAUGCUAUAGGGGAUAAUCUUAUGACUGACAUCUAUGGGGCCAAUCUGUACAACCGCUACCUGGAGGAGAGAGUUGCGAGGAAGAACCCCAAAGCCGUCGCCAAGAUGGCAGCUGCCACAGGAUCCACCACUGCUGUACCCCAGGAGGAGGAGAUUGACAACCUGUGGGAGAGCGAGCUGGCUCUUCCCUCUGCAACUUCCUGUAAGUCCGUCCUGGUCUGCACGGGGGUCUACAACCCCAACGCAGAGGUGCCCUCGGAUGCAAACCGCUGCAUCAAAGAGACGGUGUUCCACGGGCACAGGGACUUCAGAUUCGACCCCGCGCUGGUGGAACCAGGCCACAUCGUGCAGGACGUGGCAGAAGCCGUCAACCUAAUCUUUGAGCAGGAGAAGUUUGUGCCUCAGUAGAGUUGGAGCUAAGAUGCUUUACGUUUCCACGGCAGAGGAGGCGUGGAGCAUUAAACUGAGUAUUUUACCAUUUAAUGCAUAAACCCAUAGGAACCUAACACUGUGGACAUUGUUUUAUCACCUGACAGGCUAUUGACAAAACACGGCUCGUCCUCUAAACUUUCAACAUUGAGACAAACUAGAGAAAAUCAAUCAUGAAUCUGUUAACUGCCCCUUUACAUUGUUUUUGUGAAAGUCUUUAAAAAUACCUGAUUUCCAUCAAUGAAAGGUUUAAGAACUGCCUUAUUUUACCCUACUAAGUAUUUUUUUAGAUGAUAGUAAUGUUUUAGAUUGUUACAAAUCCUGAAAACAUCCUAUAUUUAUUACAAGUGUUUUUAAGAAGCACAUUGAGAUUUUAACAUUUGACCUUUACUCUCUUGACUUUUUUAAUCAUUUCAUUCUAAGUCAUUUAUCCUGGGAAAUCUAUGCAUGAAUAUAACAGUAAUACUUGUACUGUAAUUACAACUGUUUGAUGUGCAAUAUUGUCCUCUAAGAGUACUGUCUGACUGCAUUACGUCUAGUUGUGAGAGCCUUGACCAGUAUUUGCACAGAUCAGAGACGUUCAUCUUUGUUAGGUGUGUCCAUAUCUUCCUGCCAUGACCCGUUUAUUAUCAUGUAGAAGAAUUUAUUCCAGAAGUAUACAAAUACAACGCCGAUCAAAACCUUUUACUGUCUCACAUAACUUACAAUUCACUCAUUGUAAAUACCUUAACUUAAGAAAAUGUAAGAAUAUACAAGGUCUCUAUGUAACUUGGCAAAAAUGCUCUGUCUUAACAAAGGUCACAGUUGAGUGUGUAAAGUGAAGACUAAUGCAUUUCCAGUUAGGUCUCAUUCAUUUCCUACACAAUAAGAAGCCAGAAUAGUUCAUAGAUAAAAUUGAUGAUACAUUGAUGUGGUGCAUUUCAUGUCUAAAUUAGUAAAAUACUAAGAAUACAAUUUCCCAGGUUACACUGUAAGGUUAAGCAGCAAAACAAGUUUACUGCAAAAAAUAAAAAUAAAUGAAAUAAA